CAUAGAUCUAUGUACUCAAUACUCAUAUCUUUAAUCUCAUUUAGUCAUUCGGUUGUCAUUUCAUAUCCGUCAGCUGUGGCCCGUACAUUCGGUCUCUGCCCUCUGUGUACUAGUCAAACGUUUAUGAAUGCACAUUGAUUUUUAUAAUUUUAAAAUUCACUACCGUGCAUUUUAUUGUCAUGACGUUUUUUUUUUUUUUUUGUGUUUAAAAUAAAUUAUUGCUUGUGUUAUUUUUAUCCGGGUGAUUAAGUACACCGGUCGAUUAGAAAACGUUUCAAUUAACUAUACUCUCGGUAUUUUUAAACGAUGGCAGGGAAGACUCGAUCUUACGGAAGCAUACCCCCCCUCUCGUCGCACUUCAACAAGUAUGCUAUAGCCCUUUUGCAAAAGCGGCAUGAUUUCGAGGCGAAAGGCAAAUGCGAACAAAUCUGCAGCACGCUCGAUAGCAAUCUGAAGUUCAAACAUAUCCGACAAAUCAAACGCGAAGUCCACGAGACUUUUCCCGAUUGCUACAUUGAUUGGAUAGAAAAGGUCAACGUCCCGCAGAUGUAUGGCAUGUACUUGUUGCGUAAAAAGGAAAUGCAAUUGAAUGAUGGCAAAGCAAACGAUGUAGAGGAAAUGAGACUAUACCACGUGACUGCCAAAUCUAGGGCUAAAAAUUCAUUAAAAAACAGCGGACUCGACUGGCGGCGCACAGAACGUUCCAGGUAUGGAUGCGGAGUGUCGUUUAGUGACAAUAUCACGUAUGCCGACUAUCAUGCUAACAAAUCUACCAGCGAAGGUGAUCGAGUGAUUAUGAUAUGCUCUGUGCUGGUGGAUGAAACGUAUAAAGUCAACCACAAACGGAACAAAGGAUACAACUUAAUUGUACCACCUGGCACAGCUGAUACAACAGUGAGCAGUGAUGGUUGUGUCUAUGUUAAGUACAAUGAUUUUGACUUCUAUCCUCUAUAUUUUGUGCACUACCAAUCAAAUGAUUAUGAAGAAUAUUAUGAUGAUGAAGAUUAUGAUAAUAAUUAUAAUUAUUACUACUACUAGUAGUGAUUUGGUAAUAUUGCUUAUAACGUAUACUCUUAAAAAAUUGAUACUUAAAAUAUUUAUCAUAAACAGGUAACAUAUUAGUUGAACACUGCAUAGUUUCAAAAGUAAUUUAUUUUAGUUAUUGUCAUUAAGUAUUCUAUUAAAUUCUUUUUUUUUUUCAUUGAUCUAGUUCUUAUAUUUUAAAGUUUAUUUUUAAAUACACAGACAAGCAUUUACUUUUA